AUGUUAUUGUUGUUACCGCUGUCAAUAUUGGACUACGCGGCUCAACAUAUCCGACGCCGCGUUGUCCAGGCUGGUGCCCUCGGAGUCGUUAGUUGCAUCCUCGCCGUCUGGCUCAAGGGCAAAGGAUUCGCAAUCGGCCCAUCGGCCACUGGUUUCGGUGCUCCUCGAGAGUCCCGUGCAGUUCGCGUGCGCAGGCGAGAAGAGGCCCUCGAACGCCAGCGCGCCCUCGAUCUUCCCCGCGCCCUCGAGCACGCAACCUCAUCUAACAACCUGCGGGCGCGUGCGAUUGCACAACCACAACCUCGCAUCGCCACCACCACUGCUCCCCCUCCGGCUCUCCCCCCUCCCAGUUCGGAAGAAGCCGACGAGGAUAUGAGCGGUGCAAGCAGUAUGGGCCCCUCACCAAGUCCUCCACCUCCCGCUAUCGGACGAAGCAUGUCCAAUGAUUCGGAUGGAGGUUAUGUGGGAGUCCCAUCGCUCCCCGCACCAAGCGGUCCUUCGGGUGCAUUUGCAGUCUCUAGCGGCUCCCAUGCGCGCUCAUUCGAUAUCCGCACUGCAUCUCCCAUCCCCAUUGCCUCCAACUCUUCCGUUAUGGGCCGUGCCAUCUCACCCAACACGGCCCAAUCAUCCGACGCCUCGGCCAAUGCCACCCCUGUUGGCUCGGGCACGCCUACUGGGAGUGUAGUCGUACCUGGACGCGAUCGCAGCGGGACCGUCGUCGGGAGGCCCAUCUGGGAUAAUGAAGGCGGGCCAAGGCAGGUCGCUCAACCGGUCGCAAGGCCAACUUGGUCCGAUGCGGACGAAACACCCACGCGAGAGGUUACAACCACGGGCAGACGAGGGACGAUAACGCGCAGGCCUCGUCGAGAACGAGAUACGGAUGGGGAUGACACUGAAGCUGAUGGGGACGACCAAACGGCCCAGCAAGGCGAGUGCCGUACGAUUGGCAUUGUCGACGCUGCGGAUGGAGACGGUACAAUGGCGAUGGAUAUGACGGGCGAGGGUGUCGGCGUUGGUGUCGUCGCACUCGAACAAAAUGACGACUUGGCGAUGGGCGCUCCGCCCGGGGCCCCAGGUGCCAUCGGAACUCCAAGGGCUCGGAUCGCUCCUGGUACGGAGCUUACGCCCCGAGCGAGCAUUGCCACCCUUGGUGCUCAGAUAGAGCAAACCGCGCAAGAAACUCCCUUUUACGAAACUCCCGCGACCCUCCGUGCGCUCGUCGACGCGAGUAACGAGCCCAAACCUUCGGCCCAACCGCUCUCCAGUACUGCCCAGUCGCCCAAUGUUUUCUCCCUGGUCGAGCGAUUCACUCUCCGCCCCUCCCCCUCUGAAACCACUCUCCCCCGGCUCCCCCACGAAAUACAAUACUGGGUCGGCGUAAUCAUGCGCAACGCAUGCCGAAAAGACGAUCAGCGGGGCGGAAUUCGACAGUGCGUCAACAUGUUAUGUGGGCGAUUGGAAGAGUUCCCUAGAGAGCCAAGUACUGCGGCAAAGAGUGCCAGAGUAAGGCCUGGGCAGAAGGACAUCGAUUCUGGUGUAGCGCCUGUGAAGAAGAGGACUCCCAGACCGUGGUUGCUCGCACGGGCUCUUCCGCCAACACCGUUCCCCCGCCGCCGUCGCAACCGAAGUCAAGGUCCCAACCCGACGCGGCCUUACCAACACUGUCACACGUGCAUUGGUCAAUAUCGCCCGCGGGAUGACAGGAAGAGCGAACACUACGUCGGGCCAGGUGCGGGAUUUAGGUUCGGUGCAGCGGCGGCAGAACACACAGAAGGGGAUGGGCCGACGCAGGCGCAAGGGUUAGCUGGUGGGGUUCAGGCACGACCAGGGAAUUUCCAGGCGCAACUACUGAGGUACGCUAGGAUGGCCGCAGCUGCCAGAGGUGUUCGGCCGCCAAUCCACCCUCAGCAGGUUGGGCUGGUCCACCGCGAGGAGGAGUUGCGUUCUUCAAUGAACCUGCUCAGGCGGCCGAUGCAGGCCCGUGUUGACAAACUCAAGGACCAGAGACAGCUCGGCGAAGGCGCGGAGCCAAACAACCCGUGGAACGUUGUCCCCGUACAGCAAGUCUCGCCCGUUCCAAGCGCCCCUCAUACAACACCUCAGCACGCAAAUCGACCAUUGGACGGAGAUGGAGACGAUGACAUGGUUCUCGAGUGA